AUAUUUUGGCAUGUGAUAAUUUUUUAUGUGGUAUUAUGACUGUGAUAUUCAGAAAUGUAACCAUCGGAAUAGGAAAAAAUUUUACGGUACUUAAAUAAUAAACUACGUAUCCAAAAUAAAAUAUUUCCAAACAAGAAUGAAAAAAUAAAAAGGUAUACGGAUGAUCAUUUUUUAGUCACGCCAAUGUUCAAAUAGAUAUAAUUAUAAGAUUUCGAGCAUCGAAAAAAGAAAAAAAGCAAGUCUGGAUGCGGGCGCCUGGGCCACCUGUUGUAAGAUCGUUUCGUAGGGUGAGAAGUUUAAAAUCGGUGGGGGCUAGUCGUCUUCUGCUAUUGGUCGUGAGGCACGUGCGAUACGGACCUUCUUCGCUUCUCAAACACAUAAAUCCCAAAACUCUAGACUUAGCUACCUCAGAGUCUUCUCAUAGCUCGAAUGAGAUUUUAUUUUCAUACUAAUCGCAAAAAAGUUUAAACGUCAAGUAUUUCUCUACAAAUUCACACGGGGUUUAAAAAUCAGAAGAUAUUAAAAGUAAUAGUUCAAAUGUUGUUAUGAAAAUUAUUAAGUUUUGAAUGUUAGCAUUUUUUUUGCAAAUACAAUGUUUCACUAUGGUUAUAUGUUUGCAACACAAGAAAAAAAUCCACCGACAUACUUUGAAUUAUCAGACUAUUCUCAUCUCAAAGAAAAAAGUAUUCUGUUGCCACCAGUGAGUUCAGUGCUUACAGUUCAAUCUCGUUGUAUUAUUUAUGACAAUAGUAGUGACGGCUGGAAUACGCCAAGUUCUCCAGCAAGUUCAAGAUCAAUUAGUCCUUCAACAAUGGCCUCAGUAACAUCGAAAGAACAUUCUACUUUAGUAACUAAAAGUAAUCACUAUUACUCACAGUUGAAAAAAAAGCAAAGUGUCUCUUGUGAAUUAGAUGAAUCAGAAAGAUCAAGUUAUCUCAAAAUUCAUGUGCAAAUGAGUAGGUUUGACGAAGACCGAGAAGGUGGAAAUCCAAGAAACCAAAGUGAAGAAAAAUUAAGCCACGACAGUAUCGGGAGCUCUGGUUCUCUUUCUGAUCAUAUUGAUAUGGAACUCGAGAGUGAUGGGAAUUCAAGUGAUGUAGAAGAGGCUAGCAAACGUGGUAAAUUUGUGAAUUCAACGAUAGUAAAAAAACGAAGACUCGCCGCGAAUGCUCGCGAACGAAGACGAAUGCAAAAUCUCAACAAAGCUUUCGAUAGGCUUAGAGCAUAUUUGCCAUCUUUGGGUAAUGAUAGACAAUUGUCAAAAUAUGAAACACUUCAAAUGGCACAAUCAUACAUUACGGCUCUCUAUGAUCUACUUCAGUGAAUUUAAUAAAUGUAAAAAUAAUUUAUUAGUGUAAAUAAAAAACUUUUUUUCGAUUGAACUUUACUGUUUAUGGAAAGGGGUGAAAAAAUCACGGAGAGUUUUCUCUCUUCUUGCAGACAAUCAUAAUUAUUUUAAUUGUUAGUUUAAUAAACUAUGAUAUCAAUCAUUGUCUAUCUGUAAUACUAUUGGACAUUAAAAUAGUUGAUGUUUUUUUAAUCUAAUUGAUCUCAGACUGAAAUGCAUUGUGAUUAUUUUUAAUGACUUACUAUUUUAGAGAAUAAACAUCUAAAAAAUAUUUGAUUAUUAUUUAUUUAGGGCUAA